UUCUGCCUUUGUGGAAGUUUGGUCGUCUAACAGAACUGAAAAUUACUCAAAAACCUUUGAACAGCAACUUCUUGAUAUGGGAGCAAAAGUUUCAAAAACUUUGAACAAGCACGUAACCCAUGUUGUCUUCAAAGACGGACGUUUGACUACAUGGAAGAAAGCACAGAAGAUGGGUGUAAAAAUAGUUUCUGUACUCUGGGUGGAAAUGUGUCAAGAAACUGGAGUCCAUGUUGAUGAAUCCCUAUUUCCUGCAGUAGACACUAAUGAGGGAUUACUACUACCAGUCAAAAAACACAAAUGUAUGCAGCCAAAAGACUAUGUUGAAAAAACUCCAGAAAAUAAUGUAAAGCUUCAGAGAAGACUGAACCGAAUGGCUAAAGAACUAGCUUUACAAAAGACAGCAGUUAUUGCUGAAACAGAUGUACCAGUUUUAUUAUUUGAAGACAAUGGUUCACUUAUAUACAGCCCUGUUAAUACGAUAAAAGGUCAAUGCAAUGCAAUGGAAAGAAGGAUAAGUGAUAUGAAGGAAAAAAGAGAGAAUCUUUCUUCUGUUGGUUCACAGAUGAUUCAAACACUUCCAAGUGGGUCAGCAGGAGACUGCCCACUUUCUACUUGUAUCUUACCUAAUUCAGAAGAUGUGCUGCUACCCGAAGCACAAAUGGAAGCCUGCUUGAACUCAAGUUGUGAUUAUCUUCAGAGCUCUGAAACGUUAAAGAGACAGAGAGAAGAAGUAGCAGAACAUGCCUGUGAUACUUGGACUGAUAUUUCUGUAUCCAUGAGUGCAUCAGUGAACUCUCCAUCACAUGGCAAUGAGCAGAAAAGCUUAACACAAAAACGAGGUCCCAGAAAUUUAACAAAGAAACAGAUUGUACAGCACAUUUCGGAUGACAGAUUGUCUUUUGGAAAGAAACAUUUAAAGUUUCCAAAGAAAAAUCAGAAAAACAAGAGAAAGACUGCUUCAAUUGCAAAUAAAAGUUCUCUUCUCAAGGACUUUGGUGAUUGUACUCCUUCCAAAAAAAUAGUCCAGUUAAAUACAAUUCCUGCUUUGACUGACAGUCUCUCUAGUUCACCUAUAAAUAGUGAAGACUUAAAUGCUUGUUCACUGGAUAAAAGCUUCCCUGUUGACAGAAAUGAUUGUGUUCUUAAAGACAAGAAGAGGAAGAAACUACAAACAUUACGAAGUUUGAAGCUGUCUAUCUCAGAACUGGGUGCAUCACGUUCUAUGGGGUUUUUGGAAGCAGUUACUACACAUAACAAGUCUUACUGCCCUGAAGAGGCUUCUUAUGAAGACUUCUUUUCAUCAUCUAAUUCAAAUGAAAAUGAAGUACAGAUACAAGUACCAAAUGAAUCACAGAAUCCUCCUGAAGUUUGUUGCAAAGACUCUUCUACAAGCAUGGACCUAUAUGAUGUGAGUUUGUGUGAGCCAUAUAACACUCUUAAGAAAAGUAGAAAGAUGUCUAUUUCAGUGAAUAAUUUUCCACUAAAGGAAAAAAACAAACCAGCUAAACAUCUGGAAAGCAUACCAUUAAAUGUAUCAGGUGGUGAAGAAGAUGACACUGGAGAAGCUCUGGAUGCUGAUGAUGUAAGCAGGCUGCCACAGCAUGCUCAGGAAAAAUCCUACAGCAGUGUGAAUGACUGUGCUCAUACUACUGGUGGUGAAAAUGAAGCUUCAGAGUGUCACGUUACUGAUGGCUCUUGCAAAAUUUUUGACGAAUGAAAGAAUAAGCCCACUGGGGGCUUAAGAAAAGCUGGAAGACUCCAAAAGGCAUGCUUAUUGUACUGUUAACAUGGAAGAUGUCUAAUCAAAUAUAUGUAAAAUUGUACUGUCAACAACAAAAGCCAUGAAGACAGAAGAGUUUAUAAUGGCAGCUGCAUGCAUGUUUGGGAAAGGAAAGUAAGAUUUUCAGGAAUAUUCAAUGGCUUCAGAAAAAAGAUUUUUGAAUUUAAAACAACAUCACCACCACCCCAAAGCCAGGACUUUUGGUGUGUUCAAAGGCAGUGCAUACAGAAAAAUUUAUGAAAUUGAGUCUUAGUUUUGAGACAGAGUUGGUAAGGAUAAACACUGUCAAUUAAUGCUUAUGAAUGUCAGCAGGUGGCUUCCCUGAUCUAGAA